UUCACUCUCCCACUCUGCAAAAUAUCUCUGCAUUUUUCUUAUACUUCUACCUCCCACAGAGAAAAAUGUCUCAGCUUAAUAAUGUUCUACUUGUGUGGUUUCUCUUAUUAAGUGUUGCACAUGGUACUUCAGCUCAGCUAAGUCGACACCAUUAUACAAAAAUCUGCCCCAAUGUUGAGAACAUAGUCAGAGAUGCAGUUAAGAAGAAGUUCCAUGAAACAUUUGUCACUGUCCCUGCUACCAUUCGCCUCUUCUUCCAUGAUUGUUUUGUGAGGGGUUGUGAUGCUUCAGUUUUGGUAGCUUCGACUCCAAACAACAAAGCAGAGAAGGAUCAUCCUGACAAUCUCUCACUGGCCGGAGACGGCUUUGACACGGUGAUCAGAGCAAAAGCAGCCGUGGAUGCUGUCCCUCUCUGCAGAAAUAAAGUCUCAUGCGCAGAUAUUCUUACCAUGGCAACCCGUGAUGUUAUUUCACUGGCUGGUGGACCGUACUAUGAGGUUGAGUUAGGGAGAUAUGAUGGGUUGAAGUCAAGGGCUUCAGAUGUGAAUGGGAAGCUGCCGCAGCCAGGGUUCAACUUGAACCAGCUCAAUUCACUCUUCGCCGCGAACGGCCUUACCCAGACAGAUAUGAUUGCUCUUUCAGGGGCUCACACCGUGGGGUUCUCUCAUUGCAACAAGUUCAAUAACAGAAUCUACAAUUUCAAGAGCCACACUAAAGUGGACCCCACACUCAACGACCUUUACGCCUCGCAGCUAAAAUCUAUGUGCCCGAGAAAUGUGGAUCCAAGGAUUGCAAUCGACAUGGACCCAACAACACCACGGGCUUUCGAUAACGCUUAUUUCAAGAAUCUUCAGAAGGGUAUGGGCCUGUUCACCUCAGACCAAGUUCUGUUCAUGGACCCAAGGUCCAAGCCCGCUGUGGAGGCCUUUGCUAGUAACAGCAAAACCUUCCACGCCAACUUCGUCGCUGCCAUUACUAAGUUGGGCCGAGUUGGAAUCAAGAAUGAGCAAAAUGGGAACAUUCGUUCAGAUUGCUCCAUCAUAUGAUUUUCAAGGAACAAAAGCACAAGAUAGAAUCUUUAAGGGGUUGGUUAAUCCGAGUACAUGCUAUGGGGGAGAUUAUUAAUAAUGAACCGAAUAAGUUCAUUAAGUUGCUUGUAAAUUUAUUUUAUGUUGUGCUUAAUCGAAACUGUUUAAAUUUGUUAAUGUCUUUAUUGGCAUCA